AUGUGGAUGAGGCAGCUCUGCACCUGCCGAGCAGAUGGCAACGGAGAGCGAAGAUGCGAACGCGACGUGAGGAAGUUAAAUGGCUCCCCUAAGCGGGCCAAUCCUUUCAGCCGCGCAUCGCCGUCACCGACUCCCUCCCCGACUCAGCAGACAAGAGGUAUUCGCCCCAAGUCGGCCGUUGUUACAUCCACCAGUAAAUUCGAAGAGGCCCGGGGCCAUUUUCGAAACUCUGCUUCCAUCUCACAGUCACCAGCUCCGUUGGUGGCACGGACAACGCAUCGCCCGAGAUCGAGCUCAAUAAGGAAUGAUGUUUCAUCCGGAACCUUUGCGCCCGGAUUCAUCAAGUCGGAGGAGCUACGCAGGGGUGCGGAUCAGAUCCGAGGACAAGAGGGCGACAAUGACUUCUCCGGCAACAAGUAUGUCUGGCUGCGCGAUCCCGAAAAAGCAUUCGUGCGUGGGCUAGUUCUCGAAGAGCAAGAAGGUGGCCGAAUGCUAGUCCAGACCGACAAUGGAGAGGUAUAA